UUUGCAUCGUCUGCUUCGGGUGCUUCAUCUGCGUUCUUUGAUGAAGUGAUUUUUCUAAUAGUUGACACCAGCAGAGUUCUGUUUCUGCUCUAAAGUGAUAACUCGUGACUUAAAAUAAUAAAGAUUAGCGAAAGGAUCAACAAUAAUGGCGGAUCAAAAAGGUAGCGUUGGAAUCAAUGCAAUUCUUUUGGGACCACCUGGCUCCGGCAAAGGAACUCAGGCCCCUCGUCUUAAAGAGAAGUAUUGUGUUUGCCAUUUGGCCACUGGUGACAUGCUGCGUGCUGAAGUAGCUUCAGGUUCAGAUUUGGGAAAGACUUUAAAAAAGACUAUGGAUGAAGGACUUUUAGUCAGUGAUGAACUGGUCGUGAAUCUCAUUGAUGCAAACCUUUCAAAACCUGAGUGCAAAAAUGGUUUCCUACUUGAUGGCUUUCCUCGCACUGUGGUCCAAGCAGAAAAGUUGGAUGGUCUUCUUUCUGAACGUAAGAAGAAAUUGGAUUCUGUCAUUGAAUUUGGGAUAGAUGAUAGUCUAUUGGUACGCCGUAUUUGUGGACGAAUGAUUCAUUCAGCAAGCGGUCGUAGUUACCACGAAGAAUUUCACCCUCCCAAAGAACCAAUGAUUGAUGAUGUCACCGGAGAACCAUUGAUUCGCCGUUCGGAUGAUAAUGCUGAAACUUUGACGAAACGCUUGGUGUCAUACCACCAACAGACUUCGCCACUGGUCGACUAUUACUCCAAAAAGGGGAUCCAUACGAGGGUUGAUGCUUCGUUAUCUUCUCAUGAAGUCUUCAGAAAUAUUGAGAAAAUUUUCUCUGGUGCCAAGUCUAAAGACAAGGUCAUGUUCAUCUAGGGCUAGGGUAUUUAUUGACUCUAUACCAAAUUGAUCAUGUUGCAGUUUAUAAACGACUUUUGGAAAUGAAAGUGCACUAUAGAAGUAGAGUGUAAUGACUAUUUCAGUUUUUGGGGGAUUUAAAAAAAUAAAUACCAGGCUCGCCUGUAAUUGUUGACAA